UUUCAAGUUAUACAAAAAGAAGUCUACAAAUAAUAAACAUCUGCCCAAAGGGUCUUUAGGGUACCCUAUGAUAGGUGAGACAUUUAGCUUUCUUCAAGCACAGAAGAAAGACCAAGGCCCUGAAUGGAUCAGGCAAAGGGUAAACAAAUAUGGACCGGUGUUCAAAACGUCCCUCAUGGGUGCACCUACGGUGGUCAUUGUUGGUCAGUCUGGCAACAAGUUCAUACUCGGGUCCGAUGAAGAUGUUCUUGUCGCGAAACUACCCAAGACCCUGUCGACCAUUGCCGGAAAAUAUAAUAUUUUUGAGAUCACCGGAUCAAGGUACCAACUGAUCAAGGGAGCAAUAUCAAAUUUCAUGAAGCCAACAAGCCUUCAAUCCAACGUCAAACAUAUAGACAAUUUGAUCACCGAUUUAUUCCUAAAAUCAACCCGAAAAACAAACAUCAUCCUGACCGUCGAUUUCAUGAAACGCCUCACAUUCAACAUCGCAUCCACAGUUUUAUUCGGCAUUGAAAACGAGCUCCUAAUCGAUGAAUUCUGUCACGAUUUCGCAAUUGCUUUCAAAGCAGUUUGGUCUCUUCCAGUCAAUUUUCCAGGGACAACUUACUGGCAAGGAAUGAGAGCACGGUCCAGAAUCAUUGAUCGGUUAAUGCCGAUCAUUAAAAAGAAAAAGGAAGGCCUUCGUGAGGGGCGUUUGAACCCUGCAAGCGACAUUUUGUCAAGCUUAAUCGCGCUCAAAAUGCAGAAUGAAGACGCGAUUACUGAUGAGAUGAUUAAUGAUAAUUUCGUCACUAUGAUGAUUGCUGGCCAUGAUACUUCUGCAAUUCUCAUGAGUUUAAUGGUAUGGAAGAUGUCCAAAGAUCCUGAGAUCUAUCGUAAUGUUUUCCAAGGUACGUGUUUUUGUUAGUUGGGGAAAUGGGCGGGUCAGAGAGGUUAAUUAGAUAUAGGCUCAUCAAACAAUCGAAUCGAGCACGAUCCUACACACUAUAGAAUGAGUCGUGCCUUGAUUUUUAGAACUUUGUUGGACUCAAACUGUGCUAACCUCUAAGCUUUAUAAUUUUUAAAUAAAAAUCGACAUAAUUUGAAACUUCAGUAUGAUAUUGAAAAUUAAUUUAACGACUCAUUUGCGACCGCUUAGAAAUCCGUAAUUUGGUAGUGUUUUUUUUAGUAAAUCAAUUUAGAAGGUUUCAAAAUAUAUAAAUACACGUUUAUCGAUUCUUAAAUCAUUCAAUUCUUUUUCAAUAUAGAGUAAAUUGUAAUUUUUUACUUACGGUUUGACCCACUAUAUCAUUUUAGUCCAAAUAGUUUGUUUUUU